UGCACCGUGCAUGGUGUUUGCUAACUAAAUAUAGUCAUUCAUCGGUUUUUUUCUUUCACUUUCUGUCCUCCUCUCUCCUCUUCUUAUUUCCAGUUCCAUCAUCGUCUUCUUCUUUUUAGUAUAUAAAUCAUCCGCCACAAAAGCCCUCAAUUCAGUUCAACCCCAAAACCCCCAAUUCACGAUUCAACUUCUUCUUCAAUUCGAUCAAUAGCCCUAAUUUUCAAUCCAACCCCCCAAACCCAACUCAAUUCUCUCUGACCCGAUUUGUAAUAUCCCCUCCCAAUCAGACCCAGAAUGAUGACGAUGGAGAUUGAGGUGUCCUGGAGGAAACGGUGAGUUGAAACACUGAGGUACAAAAGAGGGAACGGCGAAUCAAUCUGUGUCUGUUUUGGAAAAGUGGAGAUACUGUGUGCACAUUAUCAAAAUAAACUUAGCUCAUCAAAAGGCAGUUAUUAAGAGGCUUCCUAAAACUGAUCCAUCUACCUUUUGAAGUUAUCCCAAUAACAUACAACAGUAGUUUCCACAGCAAAGCGCGGGCACACAUUCUAGUUCAAGCCGAAAUUCGGUAUACCAAUUUGUUGGUAACCACCGGUGGCGGUUCGGUUUCGGUUGCAGAUUUGAGAAACCGACCAACAUCGGUUAGUACCCGGUUGACGGAAUUUGUUGUCAGUUUUCUUCCGAAUCCAUGCGUACAGUAUAUUAUAGCUCCCGAAGCAAACCUAUUUCUCUCCGCCUCUCCCUCCCGAGUCUGCGUUUGCGGAUCUGAAUAGGCCUGAACUGUUCGGCAAGCAUUUCGUGGUGUUUGUUAACCAUCAAGAUAUUUCCACGCAACUGGGGAAAGACGAAACACGAGGACAGGCAGAAAGUUCCAAAGGCUGCCGAAUUUAUGUCUUUAUCUGAGGCUUCUAAUAGGGGGGGACAAGGAUCACGAAGUAGGCCUGUAGUUAAUUCACCGAUUGUAGAUGCUUUGAGAACAGCGCAGGUCGUUAAUCCAUUGUUAAUUCCCUAUGAAGGUAUCCCCAUGAUGUAUGGAUACAAACUAUGGGGUCAGCUUCCGUUUGGAUUACGAAGCCUAAUAGAACUGCUAACAGGAUCUGAGAUAUUCACCGGCGCUUUAUUAGGCAAACGAUUCGGUCAUUUCAUGGUUAUUACAAAAUGGGAAGACAAACUGGCUGAGUGGGAAAAAUUCGAAUAUUUGCAAAUUCUGUUGAAGUAGAUUUCAUUCCCGCCAGUGAAUCAGAUCCGGAAUUGAAAGUGGCACUUUUAGCAUUCUUGAAGAGCAUAUUGGGAGAUGAUAAUUUAAACGAGGAGUUACAACACUUUUAUAAUAUGAUUCAAGAAUCUACUGAGGUUAAUUUUUGGCUGCUGGAAUAUCAUCCUAUACUAAUGAGUAUUAGGGAGCGAUAUUAUCUUCCUACUGAUUGUCGGUUAGGGCUUCAGGAGAUUGAAGAUUGGGAAGCAAAAUUUUCUAAUCAUGUGAUGGGGGUUAUUGGCAGUGCAGAUUGUGACAUUAAAAAUAAAAUCUACCAGCCCCGUCAUGAAGAUUUCGUAACUGUUUACAAUGCUAACAAUAACAGAAAUCCUGACAAAGGUUUUCAUGAAGAUUAUGUGGGACUUUUAAGAUUUGUAAGAGCUCUGGUGUUUGAUGGUGCUGAUCCAGGGAGAGAUUUGCCGUGGGAGGAUGUAGAGCGAGAAUUAAGCAACAGAUUUCCUCAGAUGCUGAUCCAAUUAUUUGGAUUCUUAUUCAAGACAAUGUCUGAAAAUGAUCUCUCUUUCUUAGUUGACCGAAGGUCUUCGGUUUCUGGUGAUGAUUGAGAAAGAGAGAUAAUAGGACUAUGCCCUUCGAGGUUUAGACACUGGGCCAUGAAACUGAAUUUAUGAAGUGGAGGGAUAAAUUUAAACUCAUAUUUGAAACUUUGAACUUAUUUAUUUUAUAUUGUUUUUUAUGAACUUUCUUAUUUUUCUUUGAAAACUAUGUAAAAUUUAAGGUGUGAUUGAUAUUUGAUUCGGAAGUAAAAAGA